AUGAGUGGUGACACGCAAACUGAACGGGUUAAAGUCUUUUGUCGAAUCAAACCAAAUUGCGAUGGUGGUGAAGAAUGUAUUAGUUACCUUGACGAAACUUCUUUAUCCAUUCAAAACAUACGAGGCAAGUCUUCAAAGAGCAUUCACGCAUUUUCCCGUGUUUUCACUUCGAGCGGUUCCCAGUCGGAGAUCUUCGGUGCCUGUCUUUUUCCAUAUGUAAAAUGUGCACUCAAUGGAGAGAAUGCUCUUUUUUUCAAUUAUGGCGUUACUGGAAGUGGUAAAACCUAUACCAUGCAAGGAACGAUGAGUGAUCCUGGACUUAUCCCCCGUACUCUCGAUACUAUAUUCAAUUCAAUUGCCUCAAAUUCGACCCUGAAAUAUGUUGUGAAAUCGGAUGGACAUAAUGGGUUUGAUCUCCAAACAGAAGCAGAAGCGAUUAUGGAUCGUCAACGGUUUGACUACUCAUCCAGACCACGAACUCCCUACAAGUCUGAUUUCCCUUUAUCGUGUCUAGAGGGUCGGGUGGUCGACUCUACUGUUGUUUCCCUCUCUCGAAAUUACUUAUAUGCUGUAUUUAUAACAUAUAUCGAGCUGUAUAACGACACAAUUUACGAUCUGUUGGAAGUGUCCACUGGAGGUUGCGGAAGGCCUCUUACUCUCUACGAGGAUGUCAAUCGAAACGUUUACGUUCAUGGAAUUACUGAACUGGAGGUUAAGUCUGCAAAUGAGGCUUUGAAAGCAUAUUACCAAGGUCAGAAACGUCGGCGUGUGGGUGCAACUGCACUAAAUAAAGAGUCAAGUAGAAGCCAUGGCAUUUUCACUAUUAGAGUUGUCCGCACUGGUUAUGACAGUACUUACGAUGAAGUUAUAAUGGAUAAGAGUUUGCUCUCUAUAAACCAGCUUUGUUUAGUCGAUUUGGCUGGAUCAGAGAGAACUAAUCGCAGUGGAACCACCGGUGGCCGACUUAAGGAGGCGGCCACAAUUAACAAGUCACUUCUGACGCUACGCAAAUGCGUUGAAGUGUUGAGAAUGAAUCAGUCCGCGCGUGAGUGUCAAAAUCCAACUGUACAACAACAAAUCGUUCCGUACAGAGAUUGCAAAUUGACACGACUCUUCAAGUCCUUUUUCGAUGGUUGCGGUCAAGUAGCCAUUCUAGUAUGUGUGCAUCCAACCCUGAGUGAAUAUUCGGAGACUGUUCACGUUCUUCAAUUUGCGGAACACAGUCAGCAGGUCUCUACCACAAUUCCUACCACACCCGCUAAAAUUGACUAUAAUUCUACCCGAGAUUCGAGGAAGUCCUCCGCUUUGUUAGUUUCCAAUGAAGAAAUUAUGGCGGCCAUCUCGUCGAUACGGGCGCUUGAUACAUCACUAGUGGACUCAGUAUCUGUCAUCACUUCAUCAUCCGCAGACAUCUUUCCGUUGAAUUUCUGUGGUUGUUUUGCUGAAUCUGGCGAAGGUCGGCGGAACAGUUCGAAGCGGGCACGAAGGUCCUCUUCACGGAUUUCAUGGCACUCAUCGAAGUGUCCCCUUUUUUCUGUUCUUCAAGCUCGUUUCAAUGAACGGGACCGAAUUCGUGGUCUCUUGGCUCGCUUUUCCGCGGAGAUAGAAUCCCACGUUAGUGACGCUGUUCAUCGAGCUGAAUCUAGGGAUCCAUGUCUCGCAUUACGUGACACCUUAGACAAGUUAAGUGUUGAAAAACUGCAAAUAGAGUUGAGGAAUCGUUAUCUGGAGAAUGAGGUCAUAAAACAGAAGGCACUAGUCUCAUUUGAGCGUACUGAACGAAUGCGUGAGAUGGGCGGUUUGAAGGCUCAGGCAAAUAAGCUUAAGGCUCAACUUGACGCCCUCCGGACCUCACGUACUCUCCUGCGAUCAAAAUGGGAUUGCCAUGGUUUCCCCUCAGUCGCCUCCUCCAUCUCUUCUGAUAGUAACAUCGAUGAAAAUACCAGUUUAAAACGUCGUCCCAAAAAGGCCGUGGCUGCCCCUGCGUCGAUGAGUCGGGUGGCAGCUCUUUCCCAUCAAUGGGAGACGCGCUUGGCAGCAGAACGGCAACGACAAGAGGUAGGUAUGGGUUUGCGCAGCAAGACACCCAUCCCGCGCUUCCAUACCGAAGUUACUCUUGACGACGUACUCAAUCGUCCCCCGGCGAUGAACCCACGGCAUCGGCGCUCCAGGUCUAUCGGCGGCGACCAUAGUGUUUGGCUGGAGCACAAGGAGAGCCGUCCAGCUCCCCUGGGGACGAUUUUCUCCCCCACCGGUGUUAAUGUUCGUAAAUCUGUCACGCGAAUCGAGUUGGAUGACACCCUUCAGGCGACCAAUUAUGUGCUACACCAUCAGACUGCCACACCCGAGGGCAACGUCGAAACUAAACUCUUCAAGGGUGCGAUCAUCCCAACAGCCGGUGGUGGUUCUGCAAUCGUCUUUAAUGACGUGGAAGAAUUGCGGCAGGUUUCACCUCUUAGUACUAAUCUGCGUCAAUCAACUCGUCUCUCCAGGGAUCAUGAGCUCUCUGUCACCGAAGCUGACACAAAAGAUAAUGAUGAUCGGCCACAGAAGCGGCAGCAAGAAUGGCAUCCUGUGGGAAACCGCCGAUCGACCCGCGCGCAUCGGCUUUCCCUAAUUUCAACCACCUCGGGAGUCUCUUCAGCCAAUGUAAAGACGGAGGAGGAUGAAAAAAGUCAAAUUAGCUAUCGGACAGUCACUCCGCCCUCCAACUCGGAGUAUCCCGGUUUAGCCAGCACGGAAGGCAUCUCAGGCGUGUAUAACCGCGCAAUUUGA